AUGGUUGAAGUAGACUCCGACGCCCAAUCUCCGCCGUCACUACCGGCCACCGCCGCCGCCAACAAUGGAGUUCUCGGGGGAUUUUUCCAGUUGGGCCGGCCGAAACUCCGCGUGACCACGGAGUACGACAGUGACAGCUCAGCGUUCCUGCACAAGGUCUCCUGCAAGUUAUUGGAUAAUCUGGCAAAAUUCAAGCUCUCGUUUCAGAACAAUAGCAAAGGCGAAGUUUCCGAACCCCAAAUUUCGUUUACUUCAAAAUACUUUUCACUGCAGUACGAUCUUGAAGAAAGCGAUGCUCUCCUCAAGGCGUCUUUUGAUGUCGUGCCUGGGCUCCAGUUCAGAGCGGCCCACGGAGUCAAGGCUCAACAAGGAGAGGUUGCAAUGGUUGCAGAUCUUGGGACUCCAGCCUACAAAUUUGAAUUAUCUUCUGCUGUUCCAUCUGUUGGCAUGCCAAGAGCAACCUUGAAAUUUCCUCUUGGCGAAGUUUCAUUUGAGGAGAGUGAGGAGGAAGAAGAGGAACAAAAAAGAACUCUGUCCGUAAAUGGGAUUAUUAAAAGCCAUAUUCUGAAUGGAGUUUGUACUGCUCGAUACCAUGAAGAAAAUUUGAAUUUAAGAUAUGCAUACAAGGAUGAGCAAUUGACGUUCAUUCCAAGCAUUUCUCUGCCUUCAAAUGCACUAUCAUGCGCAUUUAAACGGAGAUGCAGUCCUUCAGACAAGUUGAGUUACUGGUACUAUUUUGACUCAAACAAUUGGAGCGCCGUGUAUAAACAUACAGCUGGGAAGGACUACAAAUUUAAAGCUGGUUAUGAUUCUGACGUGCGACUUGGAUGGGCGUCUCUCUGGGUUGGAGAUGAAGAUGGCAAAGCAAAGACAGCUCCAAUGAAGAUGAAGGUGCAAUUCAUGCUCCAAGUUCCACAAGAUGAUAUCAAAUCAUCUGUUUUAAUGUUCCGUGUUAAGAAGAGGUCUGCUAAGGAGGUUGUGGGUGUAGAUAUUGUCAUGCAUGUUAAGGCUAAAAGUGAUGAUGGUAGUAUUCAAAUGGACGCCGUGCUUCGUGGUAUUCGUUCUCAUUUAAAACCAGAUGGCCUCCAGCUUAGUGACGUAUCAAAUGGGUUGUCUGAUCUCUUCUCGGUGAAGGAUAAAAAUGAGAUUACAUGUGUAAAGAAAGCUGCAUACUAG